UCCGGACGGUAUUUACCAUCCCAAGGAAGCGAUGGACAACGACCGGGCGAAGCGUCUCAAGGCCAUCCGCGAGGCCCGCGCGCGCAAGGAGAAUGGCGGCGCCGCUACCGAAGAGGUCGUUGCUGUUCCCGUCAAGCAGGUGGAAGAGGUCGAGACGCCCGUGGCCGACGAGCCGACGGCCGUCGCUGACCCCGAGCCCGAGGACGAGGUCGUGGCGAUCGCGCCCAAAAAGCCGACGUGGGACCUUGAGCGCAGCCUGGAAAAGCAGAUGAAGAAGCUCGAGCGCCGAACACAGAACGCGAUCGUCCAGAUCCUCCGGGAGAAGAUGGAGCGCGAGAUGCAAGAGGACGACGAAGAAGAAGACGACGGUGAGGAGGUCGACGAAGAAGCAGAGGCGUAGUACAUGCACGCAAGCGACCACACGAGCGAUGCAUAUUCAAUAUUAGGCUGACUUGUC